AUCAUUUCUGGCCGGUAUUUCUCUCAGUCUCUUGUAUCCAGCAUCACUUUCUAUGAAUUACCUUUUUGUCACAACACUUCCCAGUAUUACAUAUGUGGUCUGAGCAAGAAAUCAGGACAUCGGUUGUUAUUUAUUAGGUUUUUCAUCACCGUUCUUUCUUCUUCCUUUCCCUCUCUUUCUUUCUCUCUCGUGAUGGGAAAUGGUAUGUUCUGACACAGAAGCAUAAACCACUUCCUUCAUUAGAAUGCCACUGCCUGUUUGAGCUACUUUGUAACGUCCUGUUUUUGAUGCUAUUUCUCAUCUCUCCCCUUAAGAGACCUCAAGUCAGCAAGUCUGAGUCUGUGCAGAAAAGUGUGUGUGCACAUACGUGAGUGUGUCUGUGUGCGAGCACCCACAUCCGCCUUUAAAAAUUCAACAUGUGCCCUUUGAGCUGAAUGUCUGUGCACAGUCAAAUACAAAUUUAGUUAUUACACUUUUAAAUGUGCUACAAUUUUAUUAUCUAUGCAGUGAAUUAAGUUAAAUACUAAAGGGACAUGAUGGGAGAGAUUUCAGUGUUUUUGCAUUCUCUCACAAAACUUUUGCUCUUCUCUGAUAACCUUUUGCGUUCACUUGCAAAACUCUUGUUAUGGAAAUUAUUUGAGGUGGGAGGGAAAGCUAUUUCAGUGCUUUUGCAAACGAAAGAACGCAAAGAAUCUCAUAGGAACGUGAUAGUUUUGCUAGAGAAUUCACCGAUGAUUCAAAAUGUUCAGUAACAGUUAGUGCAAUUAAUUUUUUUUUUAGCAAAAAUGUCAUUAAAACAAAUUACAGUAGCAAGUAAAACACUCCCCCUCACCUAUCCAUCUUAUUUUUCAACAAAGUAGUAAGCUAGGCCUAUUUUCUGUCAGUGCACAAGACUGAUUUAUUAGCCACCACAGGUAAAUAACUAGAAUAAUAAUGAAGUGCGGUAAAUUGUAAAACUGUUUGUGCUACAAGUUUGUGUUCUUAUGAUUAUGAUAAUAAAAUAUAACUGCAAGCAGCAAUUAAGGGUCCAUGUACAACAGAGGUAGAAUGAGGGGCAAAAUUUCAAAGCAGCAAGCAUCAGACCAAAUGCAAAAAUUAGUAUAUAAAGACAUUUGGAGAUGAUUUUAAGCAAAAUGGUUGAAAACUCAUUAAUAGAAUCACUUGUAAUGUGACAUAAUUGCUUAUUGUUUUUGACCAAUAGGUGGUGUUGACACCAAAUUGAUGUGGUGUAGUUAAUGUGGGCUGACAAUGGCACAAAGUUUGGUGUCAAUAUGUCAAAGCUGCAGACAUACAGCUUCAGAUGCAUGCCAUUUAUUUCAUUGAUGCGGUAUAUGAAAAUGGUUCUAUCGACAUGAAAUCCAUAACUUUUUGCCAGCUCAGAUGAACGGUCUGGGAAAAGUUUCAAAAAAGUAGCAGACAGAAAAAUUGGUAUCACUGUUCUUUGCGUGGUCCAAGGAAUCCAUCGAAGACCAGUGUCAUGACAAUAGGCAAAAUUAAUUAAAAGCUAUUAGCAUUUUUUAAAAUUUCAUUAUAAUUUGUGACCACCGCUGCGCAGACACUUCUUGAGUGCCUUCAAGGCAUAUAGGCAUUUUGCCUAUGCCAAGUUUGUAACGAUGUGCCAAUGCAUUGUAAAUGUAAAAUGUAACAUUUUCGUCAAAUUCAUUUGCUCAUUAUUUGAGAAUCGUUUGACUAAUGGGCCCCGUUUACACUAAUGCGUUUUCGUUUUAAAACGGCGUUUUAGAAUGAAAACGAUCAGCAUUUACACUGGCAUUUCCGCUGCGUUUCAGAAAAAAUCUCCAUUUAUACUACACAACCUAAAACGCAUGUCACAUGACCAUUCAUGCAGGUACAACCAUAGAUAUGUAUAGGUAGAUUCCCUGUUAUUUAGAUGGCGGACGCGGUCGAAUGGGGAAUCUACCUAGACAUAUCUAUGGGUACAAUAAUGACCAUGAUGCUAUUGUUUACAUGGUCAUCAAGGAUACACAGAGCGAAUGUGGGCAGCCAUGCCAUCGUUUUCAAAAGUCUCCGUUUUGGUCCGUUUACACUGAAACGCAACCCCGGAGUUUUAAACUAAAACGGGGUCUGCAGCGUUUUUAAAAGUCUCCGUUUUCGACCUCGAAAACGCCAGAGUAGUGUAAAUGACAGGCGUAACCGUAGCAAAAGUUAUGCGUUUUAAAACGAAAACGCACUAGUGUAAACGGGGCCUAACUUUUCAUAACUUUUGUUGGCAUGAUUUAGUUUUCAUGAAAAUUGGAGCAACGGUCUAGGAAGAAUAGGUUUUUUGGAAAUUCUAAAUGGUAGAAAAUUGUUAAUGAUGGAAAAACAUGUGUGCAACUUUGGACAGUUGGUGGUGCUAGAAGCACUGAGUUAAAGACUCCAAAUUUGCUACGAUUAAUGUUCAGACUCUUUUCAAUCAAUGUGCCAGAUUUCAUAACUUUGGUUCUAUGGGCUGUCAAAGACUCGAGAGCAGAAAUACCAGUUCACAGUACAGCAACUUCAUGACACCCAAAACACUCAUGUAUUAUGAAAGAAACAGCGAUCCGACGAAUUGAACCUUCUGAAUUUGACAAAGCAUCAUAAAUUCGCACUCACACAAGUGAGAGAUGUAACAGAGCUAAAGACAUCCAUCUGACUCCUGCAUACCUAUAUUAGACUAAUGGCCUCUGUCUACAGACUGACAAACUCAACUGAAUCUAAAAUGUGGUGGUGUGAACUAAAGUCCAAUAAUAGGCUUAAAGUCACUAACAUCUUUAGUUUGAAUUCAUUUGACCUUAAUGUCCUUCUGUCUUUUUUUUGUCCUCUGCAUUUCCACUUCCUCUUUUUCCACUCCAUCUUCCUUACUGUUCAUCAUCUCUUAGGAUAUUUCAAGUCAGGCGAUAAGUGUGUUCAAUGCAAGUCUGGUUUCUACACCAGUGAGAAAAACAGAGAGGAAAGUUGCCACCGCUGCUUCCAGAACUGCAAACCUGGAUUAAACAUGGAGGUGGAGAAGAAUUGCACAAGCACAUCAGAUGUAGUGUGUCGCUGUCGAGAGGGUUACUUUUGUUUGACCGAUCCACACACACACCGAUGUGACAGCUGCAUUCCUGUCUCCAUCACAAUCCCAUCCUCCACCUCUGCUGAUGUCCCAUCAUCCACUUCAUCCACCACUACAUCUACAGAGAUAGCUGAGAUUAAACAGGAUGACGGUAGUAUUGUGGUGUGGAUUUUAUGUGGAUUAAGUUCUGUAAUGUUAUCCAUUAUCAUCCUUAUGCUGUUCCUCCGGCUCUGCCGGAAGAAAGAGAAGGAAUGUUUUAAAAAUUUUGUCAGGCAGUGCUCGUUGGGUAAUAUGGAGGUGGACAGUGAGACUACACCUCCUACCAGCCAACCAGAUGAGCAGCCCCAUGCCCAGGAGAUGUUGUCACAUGGCAGCACACCAACCAAUCACAACACAGACUGCUCGUUUCAUCAGCCAAUCAGCUCAGAGCAGGCUGUGCCACCAGCUGGCAAUUUAGGUCCUCUUCACAUCUACGGUCCCCAGACAGUUUUUGUUAGUUUGCUCAAUCAAUUUGGAUGGGAUGGCGGCGAGAAAAAAGCACACGAACUCCAAGAAGAAUCGGUAAACAACAUCAACGAGCCCUACCCUCAGUCUCCCCCCGUCCAUCUGUCUGAGGAGGAAAGGAGCAGUGAGAACGAUUUCAUGUCCUUCCCAUCUCAGGAGCAAGGAAAAGAGUGCCACAUCUCUAAAGAAGAGGUGCUGUGAGGGAUAACGGAAUAUUUGUGUCCGUCUUCUUCCGUACUGUUCGACUGCUGUGUGGUUUGUUUUAAUUGAUGCUUCGUGAGUACCCAGUAUUAAAACUCUAACCCUGGCAGGGGAUUUCAUCUAGAGAGCAACAGGCUGCGUUAGGGGAAGGCCUGGGUGUGUGACUAACAGUACAGACGACAUAAUUGUUGCGUAUGAGCUUGAUAGUUCAUGCCAGCUUUGCAAUAUCACCCAUAAAGUACGUUUAUGCGUAACCACUGAUUCUAACCCAUCACAACGGCAGUGGGAUGCUGAUGUUGACUGUAGGAAGAGCCGAUACCAAAGGCUUUCACGUCUUACGAUGGCUGAAUGACUCUCAGGAAGUGUUUGAAAGCUAAAACACUCAGAAGACCAAAGAUUCACAUAUGUUGCGAUAUUUAUUUUAUGUAAAUUUAUUGUAUAAGUCAUUGUAACUGCAAUGUGUACUAUAAUUUCCUUUAAAUCUAUCUAUCUAUCUAUCGACUUCUGGGACAUUUUUAGUAUUGACAUUAUUGAAUAUGAAACAUUUAUAUUUAUUUAUACUCGUUAUUAAUUCUAUUACAAAUGUUAAAAACACAAAAACAGUUUUUUGUUCUCACACAGUUUAUCAGUGUUCAAUCAUGUUAAGUCCCUGGUUAAUGUUGUCAGUGUUCUUCCUCUUUUCUUUGGUUUUAUGCGACAGACACGAUGGAUUGUGCCAUCAAAAAAGCCCUGACAUUUUGAUGGUGGUCUGGAAAUGUCAACAUUGCUUCUUUAUUUAGAAGUCUAUAAGCACAGCACAAGAACAUGCAACAGCUGUUGUGUGAUCAAGUAUUAUGUUAUAUAUUCGCUGUAAUACACAAUUUUAAACUUGAUAUUAAUCAUAAAGUGCAAUCAAUAAAGUUUUAUUUUUUGGUA